AACCAAUCUAUGAGUUAUGAACAUAUGCAUGUGGACCUUACUCAUCUUUCGCAUAAUAACUCCCACCACCUACAAAUGGUUGGCAUUUGGCCAAGUUGUUAUUCAACUUCCUCUUCUUCUUCUUCAUUCAAAUCUCUCACAAUUUCCAAGAUCACUCCCUGUUAUUCAAUUUUUAAGUGGCUUCAAUCCCCACCAAAUCUUUUAUCUUUCUGUAUUCUUCUUGUUUUUUGCUACGAAUUUCCAUGGAAAUCUAUGCUUCUGCUUCAGCUUUUGAAAAAAAUCUUACACUCCAAACGCAAAAUAGCUUUCGAGAUGCCUCUUUCUCAUCCUACUUGAAUAAAGCAGAAGAAAACAUGAUUCGAAAACUCACCAAUCAAGCCGCGGAUAUCCAAAACCAAAAGGAUCAAAAUUAUCCACUUCGUAAGAAAUCAGAAGACGAAGAAAUUGGCGUUUUUGGUGCGGAAAAGUACUUCAAAGGGGAAAUUGAAGAUGUGGAUAAUAAGAAUGAUCGGAGAUUCAUCGAUAGUGCUCUUGCUAAUACAGCGAGCAAGAUGUAUCACGAGGAAGAAAAAAUUGAAGAACUUGAUCAUGGAAUGAGUGGGAAAGAAAGACCCGAUCGAAUAAACAUGCACACACCAAGUGUUCGAUCAAAUGUCAGCUGCAAUAGUCGUAGUGGGUUGUUGCCACGUACGAUGCAGACUCCUGGGAAGAGCGAAAAAGGAAGCAAAACUAGGAUUUUUCUUUCUCGUUUUGGAUGCAAUUGUAUUGACAAAAAAUCGACUCAAAUCAGUGAGAAAAGAUUCAUCCACUCGAAAGAAAUCUCGAACAAGAAAACUGACUCGUCGUCAAGUAAAUUAUCAGAGAAAAGCACCAGAAAUGAUUACUUUAGCUUCCCUGUAUUGAACUCCAACGAUUACAAUUCAAAUUCGAGUUCGAAUUCGAAAUCUGGAAAUUUGGCGGGUAAAAUUCAUGGAGAUAACAAUGGCGGACGUUUAAGCCUCGGAAGGAAAAUAAGCCUGUUGAAUGAUUGGGAUGUGGACAUUCCAACUGAAGACGAAAUGUACAUUCCGUCACGCGUAAAGUACAACCACGACGUCGACAGUGAUUCCAGCUCCGAUUUGUUUGAGAUCGAGAGCUUUUCAACGACCGGAAACAGUUCGUUUUUACCUCACCGGGCUUCGGAAUCAGACUGUUACGCCCCUAGCGAAGUCAGCAUCCAGUGGAGCGUCGUAACGGCGAGCGCCGCUGAUUUCUCGGUGGCUUCCGACUACGAGGAGGUAAGAACAGGUGUUGGUGGUUGGAGAAAUUCCGGCCGGAAAUCUCAGGUAACGGAUCACAUUCACAAAGACGAGCAAAAGAAACGGCCUGGUAUUCUCUCCGGUUGUACGGAUCAUAAAGCGGUGAGAGUUGCAGGAGGUGAGUAUAAGGUUAGUGGUGGUGGAGGGCGGCGGCGAUCGGCGGAUUGUAUGGCGGUAGGAAGUAUGUUUCGAGGGGUGAAUACUUUAACCCGAUUUGAUCCGAUAAGAGGUAAUUAUGGGUCGGAUGUGUGCCCCAUAUCCUAGACAAAAAGUCGGCAUAGUUUACAACACUUGUAUUUUCAGCGUUAAUCUAAGUAAAUAGGGAUUUACUUGUAGAUUUUAAUUCAGUGUAUUAUUAUUAUUAUUGCUAUUGUAUUUAACGGAUGUGGUUUUUGUUUCCACUUAGGAA